AUGUCGCGACCAAUCUCGCUUGAAGAAAUGGUGAGACUGUUCAAAGUACGUCACGCAACAGCUCACAUGUUCAAGAUAGACCAUUUCUCUUUACUCAGAAAGCAUGGAAUCGAAAAGGUCGAGUCCUCUGUUUUCGAUCUCGCUGGUCACAAAUGGAAACUCUCUGUGCACCCAAAUGGCCAUACAAAUGCUAAGGGGACACAUUAUGUCUCCCUCUACUUAAUGAAUCAAGCUCCGGUAUAUGAUACGCUUACAUAUGAGCUUCUUGCCGUCAGUCAACUUGAGCCAAAAUGGCACACUCACGGAAGAGAUGAAUACGAAACCAAUGAAGAACUGGGUAGUGAGGGGUUUCGUGAGUUCAUAUCUCUUGUUGAUCUUAAGAAAAAUGGUUUCCUUAUUGGAGAUUGUUGUAUGUUUGGUGUCAAGUUCCAUGGGAUUGAACCUGCUAAACCCGGAACAGCGGAAAGUUUUAGCUUAAUAGAGAAGCCUCUUAAUCACAGAGUCACUUGGAUGAUGACCAUGUUCUCGUCCUUCAACCCUGGAAACGUUCAUCAGUCUAAUGAAUUUGUCGUUGGAACCCGGAAAUGGAGAAUUAAAGUUCAUCCAAGAGGGUCUAUGGGUGAAAAAGACAAAUCAUUUUCUGUGUAUCUAUCGGCACUAGGGUUUGUCAAUAAUGCACCAAAGACUAAAACUUACGCGAGGUUCAAGCUGCGUGUAUUGGAUCAAGUUAGCAGGAAUCAUGUUGAGAAAACAAUUUCGGGUUGGCUUGGUGCAGAACCUGAUGACCGCCAUGGCUUUGCGGAUUUCAUGCCUCUAGGGGAACUUGAUGACCCUUAUUUGGUGAAGGAUAAGCUUUAUGUGGGAGUUGACUUUGAUGUCAUUUCCGUCUCUAAUUACUGUUAGCUAUAUAAUCAGCAAGAAAUAUUUAUAACGUAUGAAUAAAAU